GUUUUCGGACCACCAUAAUAUCAAAGAAGAAGACCCCGUACUAAGUAGGUGGCUGCAAUACACCAAUAGGUGUAAUCGAAAACUUUAAAGAAGAAGAACGGAAGUGAACAGUGACCAGAAACAAGCGUUGUUAUUUAGACAUUUAACAUAAUUACCCCAGGUGGUGUUUAAUUCGCGUUGGUCCCGGGUCUUUGUUUAUAGAUGCUAUCUGGCUGCUGGUUAGCUAAAAAUGGCUAACGUUAACUGUAUGGUUUUUCACACUCAGAUAGCUUCCAUCAUGGAGAUUCUAGCGAAUGCAGCCGUUGCAGAGAUCUGUAAAGUCGUAGACGACGACUAUGCAGUGUUUCGUUUGGAAAUAACUCAAAGCCAGAAAGAAAACAGGGGAUUGCGGAGGAAACUACAGCUACUGGAAAUGAAGGUGGCACGUGAGCGCGCAGAGAGAUUGGUGCGAGAGCGCGUCCUCGCCAGUCGUCCCAGUAAUGUCAGGAUCCUCGACCGAUACAGAGGAAUGGCAAGAGGUGAAGGAAAUCUCACUGGAGGCCACAGAAGCUUUGUGAAGCCAGCGGGACACAAUACAUGGAGCGAUGACCAACCAAUCACUGUUGAUGAGGGGAGUAGAACCUCAAUCCAGCACGUUAUCAUGAUAGAGUCUGCAGAUACAGAGGCUGCAGGUCCUGGAGGAUUGUCUCUGGUCAAGCUUGAGAGUUCUGAAGGAGAGGAGGACCCACGGCACAGCAGAGACAUUCCUACUGGAGCAGCUGGCGCGCCCCCUGUAGCCAUGGAGGACCCCGCCACCCUCCCAGUGCAGCCCAGGACCCAAUGCAGAAUCACGGAGGAGGAGGAGGGUCCAGAGGUGCUGCUGGUGAAGGAGGAGGGGUGUGAGGAGGGUCUGGGGAACCCUGAGGGGACCAUAGUCAUGGAGGACAAUCAGACUACACCUCCUCCUGAACCCACAGCGGAACCAGCUGAGCAGCACAGGACCACACACAGUCUCACUGAGUCAGUAGACAUGGAGGAUGGGAAGCCUGAUCUGCUGCUGGUCAAAGAGGAGACAAUAGAAGACGGACCAGAGAGUGUUGAUCUGCUGAGUGGACUAAAGAUGGGGGAGCAAGGUGGUUGGCUGGAGGCUAACAGAGGAAACUGGGCGACGAUCUUGGAUUCUAAGACGGGUGCAGUGGACAACAUCACCGAGCAGGCCAGGACCACAGGCGACAUAGUGGAUGUCAGUGGAAGGGACAGCAUCCUCAACUCUGGGCUGGUGAACAACACUGUUAACCACAACCAGAAACAGACAGUCGAACACAAAACAACAACCGAUAAUAGUCUCCAUGACAACAGACUGGCUGAGACCAGGGUGAGGAUUAGAUUUGGUCUGCGGGGACAGGGAGGUAUCCGUAUGCGGCAAGAGAGAACAGACACAGACUUGGCUAGCGAUGCUCCAUCCUGCUCCUAUAGUUGUGCUUCAGAGAGACUGAUGGUGCCUCAGGUUAACCCUCCAACAGGUGCUGCCUUCAGCCUGUCUUCUAUAGGAUCUCUCAACUGGAACAUGGACCCUGCCACAACACAGACACUCCCUGGCAUUCGACCUCCUCACACUCCCCUUAUGUUAAACCAGACCUCAGACAAUUCCAGUGCCUCAACACUAAAUAGCUACACAAGCCCAUUGAGAAAUGACAUUAGUUGUGACACUAUCAGCAGAUCUGGUGGCAAAGAGAAGCGCUUCCCGUGUUCAUUCUGUGGGAAAGUCUUCAGUUUCCCCAAACAGGUGGAGAUCCACCAGAGGAUGCACACGGGGGAGAAACCUUUCGGCUGCCACCUGUGCCGGGCCAGUUUCUCCCACUCGUCCAGCCUGAAGAGGCACCAGAGGGUCCACACAGGGGAGAAACCCUACAGCUGUCCGCAGUGUGAGAAGAGGUUUUCCCACCAACACCAGCUGAAGAGGCACCUGAAGGUCCACACGGGAGAGAGGCCAUUCACCUGUACGCACUGCGGGAAGAGGUUCUCAGAGGGGAGAUACCUCAGGACACACCAGCAGAAAAUGCACACGGCCCAUGUAUAGAGUACAGUGACAUGUAAUGUAAUACUAGUUUGUUUGUAGUUAAUUCUGUUGGUUUUGGAUGUAGUAGGGAACUAUAUGAAGUGAACUGAGUAGAGAAUGAGUAUGAUGAGGCAGAGUAGAUGAUAUGGUGAUGGAUGGUGUCUGUAAAAAUGCUUCACUGAUGAAAGUGACAACCUUGACCUGUUGUUUGAUGCUGUUUUUUAUAAUGAGGAAAUAUUAGUGCCUUAAUUCAUGUUUACCUGACUAAAUAUUGAACACAUUUAUUUUGGUUAUUGAACUACAGAAGGUAUAGUGGAUUUACAUCUGAUCAUGGAAUUACAUCUUGGGUCCCUGAUCUAUACUAUACAGAAAUGUAUAAUUAUGGCUAUGAAUGUCAUUCGCUUCAUAGUGAUGUAUCCUCAUUAGGUACACAAAGGUAGAGAAAUAUGUAAUAUCCGUAUUUUGCAUAUCUGGGUAUUAUUCUACACACUGGCUAUUAUUGUAAUGAGCUCCGCCACCCCAAACAAAAUCUUGUUUUACAACUUUGGACAUCACAGAAGAGAACCGUACAGGACAGUAGAGUACAUUGUACUGUGUUCUCUAAUGUGGUCUACUGUACUGUACUGUUCUGUUGUUCUGUACUUUACUGUUGUUACAGGCUUUGGUUUUUACAUUUAUAUUUCGUGGUUGGACUUGAGCACGUUGGGCGCACCAAUUGGUGUCACCUCAUUGGUCAGUAUGUGUUACACCUGUGCUGGCUGUCAUCUCGUUAGUCAGAAGGGUUUUCACCUGUGCUGGCCCAGUGCUCCAGAUGGCUUGAGAGAUGUGGAGGGUUAACACCUUUAGUGUAUUUAUUUUAUUUUAUUUUCACUGUUUUCGUUUUGUUCCACUUUUUGGUUUGCAUCCAGUCUUUAAGUUUGGUGUGGGUUUUAAUUCAGUUUGCCGUUUUUUGGGCAAAUUUAAUGGCCGCUCAUGGUGAGUGUCUUUUAGGUCCCAGUUGUUGUUCGACAACUUUCAGUGGACAACCCCAUGAGUGUCUUUCAGAACCCCACCUGUUUCGUUUUGGUUUUUGUUCGUUCCCCCUUCUGUUGGAGACCCAAUUUCUGGUUUCAAAAUAGGGGCUCGUCUGAGAUCUUCAAGCCCAGGAGUAUGGUAGUUGCUCUAAUCUACUCUGAAGCUCUGCUUUGCCCAGAUAUUAGGGUGUUCAAAAGACACUUUUGUGGUAGAGUUUCUGUCACUGACAUCCACCCUGAGAGCUUUGAAGAUUGGUGGAAUCAUUUUGAAAAGUUGAACACAGGCUAAUAAAUAAAAAAAAGUUCAAAAAGCCAUGGACUUUAAGUUGGAAGCGUUUGUGGAAAACCCUACAUGGAAGAUGCUAGAACAAUGUACGAAGAAGAAUCUGCUCGUCAUUGCAAAGCAUUGUGACAUCAAAGUUGUACAUGCCGAUUCCAAAGCAGUAUUCAAAGAGUUAGUCUAUACUGCUUUGGUGGAGGAAGAAAUGCAUCCGGAGAGGGAAGGAUGAUGAAAAGGGUCCUACGGGUGGUAGAGUACACCCCAUAGAUGUGCAACUGUGAGAGGUAGAAUUAAAGGCAAAAAGAAAACAGAAGCUUGAGCACAAGGAAAGGGAAAGAGAACAUGCAGCCAGACAACAAGAACAGGAACGUGAGCAUGCCAUUAAGAUUAGGAGAGAUGGAUCUAGAAGCAUUCCGAAUCCAGUGAAGCCAUCUUGCACCUUCGUCAGAUGUUGAUCUUGGUCAGAACAGCCGACUUGUACCGCCUUUCAACAUAAAGGAGUUGGACGUAUAUUUUACUCGGUUUGAGUGGAUUGCCAAAUUCCUAAAAUGGCAGCGAAAUACACUAUAUAUACAAAAAUAUGUGGACACCCCUUUUAAUUAGUGUAUUCGGCUAUUCCAGGCACACCCGUUCCUGACGUAUAUAAAAUCAAGCACACAGCCAUGCAAUCUCUAUAGACAAACAUUGACAGUAGAAUGGCCUUAAUGAAGAGCUCAGUGACUUUCUGCCCUGCUAGAGCUGCCCCGGUCAACUGUAAGUGCUAUUAUUGUGAAGUGGAAACAUCUAGGACCAACAACUUCUCAGCCGUGAAGUGGUAGGCCACACAAGCUCACAGAAUGGGACCGCCGAGUGCUGAAGCGUGUAAAAAUCGUCUGUCCUCGGUUGCAACACUUACUACCGAGUUCCAGAUCUCCUUAGGAAGCUUCAUGAAAUUGGUUUCCAUGGCCGAGCAGCCGUGGAGGAGAAAUAAUGGUCGAGGGCUGUUUUUCAUGGUUCGGGCUGGGCCCCUUGGUUCCAGUGUAGGGAAAUGUUAACGCUACAGCAUACAAUGACAUUCUAGACGAUUCUGUGCUUCCAACUUUGUGGCAACAGUUUGGGGAAGACCCUUUCCUGUUUCAGCAUGACAAUGCCCCCAUGCACAAAGCGAGGUCCAUACAGAAAUGUUUUGUCGAGAUCGGUAUGGAAGAACUUGACUGCUGCUCCAAAGUGUUCUUGUGGGAAAAGCUGAGAAAGUGUACGCCGCUUUCUCUCUUGACCAGAGCUCAGAUUAUUACACUGUUAAAGUGUCUAUCCUUCAGGCUUACGAGUUGAUCUCUGAGACAACAGUUCCGUAAAUGACAAAAUACAGAAUCACAAAGCAAUGUUGAAUUUGCAAGGGAACACGCGUGUCUUUUUGAUCGGUGGUUUGGUUCUCAAGAGGUCAAAGACCUUGAGGAUUUAAAGACACUCAUCAAGCACUGCAGCAGUAAUGGACGUAGGAAAGUGUAUCUAUAGGCUUUUGUUAUUAUUAGUGGCUUGGGUCUUUUUUAAUAGAGAAAUAUUUCACUUUUUCUGUUCAUCGGAGUAACAACAUGAAUUUGUGCAUGAGGCACAAAUAAUGCAGUGCAACUCAAGUUUCUCCAUCAGCUUUUUGGUCAAUGUCAGUGGGGAGGAAAGGGAGAGCGGCUGUAGAUCAUUUGCAUUCAACAAUAGGGGAAUGAUUGCUUCCUACAAGAGUACAAAACAUGUACAUCUUUGAAAAGCAAGUCAGUUAAAGAGCUUUUUUAUUGUCUUAAAGGGGUAGUGUUGUAUUUUGAGACAGGAUUGAAUAAGUUAAGUAGCCAAUAGGCAGAGGGUAGUAUAUAAUUUGUCUGCCCCAAAAAACGAGGGAACAUUGUUUGUGACUACUAUGAUUUCCCAUUGAAGCGAAUUCAAAUGCAGUAAUUCCGUUACAGAAUUAGUAACAUAACUAUGAGUUUUAAUCGCUUAAUAAUACAUAAACAAACUAUCAGUAAAAAUACUAUAACUAAUUGGUAGGUAUACUUAUUACUUCUUUGAACUUCCAUUAUCCUCCCUCCUUGCGAGGGAGAGAAAUUAGAAAAUAUCUUAAAGAUAUGUGGAUUUGUAAUAUAACAGAAUUACAAGGCACCAGCAAUGUUUCUUAAACCUACAGAAGGCAAAUAAUUUCUCAAACUACACUUUACAAAAAUAUAAACGCAACAUGUAAAGUAUUGGUCCCAUGCAACACACUAUCACAGUUUAUUGUGAAAUGGACACAAAUUACAGGCACGUGAAAAAGUCCACUUUGUGUGUAUUACACCUUUUUUUUUCUUCAUAAUGUAUUGGUGUACAUUACACAAAUUCCAAAUAGUUGUGGCUAACGUUAUCUAGGCUGGGGGUUAGGUUUAGGAGUUGGGUUAGGGGAAUGGUUAAUUAACACUAAGUAUUUGCAAAGUAGCAACAAAUUAGUAAGUAGGUGAACAGUAGGUAAUUAGCAAAAACGCUAAAGUUAUCCAUGAUGAAAUUUGAACACAGAAACUUUGGGUUGCUAGACAUAUGCAUUAUACAACCUCCAAUCCUCCCCGACCAACCAUCCUCCUGUCACGCUCAAUGGGUGUGGAGUCAGGCGCAGAGAGCAAAGGAUGCGGGAAAAAAACAAGCUUUAACGUCCAAAAUCAAAACAACAAAAUAGUAUUACCCAACACAGGCGUAACUAUUAAAACAAAUAGUACCCUUAGGUAAAAUAACAGGACAGCGAGAAAACACAACACAACACAACACAACACAACACAACACAACACAACACAACACAACACAACACAACACAACACAACACAACACAACACAACACAACACAACACAACACAACACAACACAACACAACAUACAAAAGAACAAGCCCGCACAACCAGAAGCGGGCUCAACGAACUUAAAUAACACCACCCUAACAACCAAACAAUGAACAGGUGCAAACAAUUAGACAAAACCAAACGAACACAGAACAAAGGAUCGGUGGCAGCUAGUAGACCGGCGACAACGACCGCCGAGCGCCACCCGAACAAGAAGGGGAGCCACCUUCGGUAAUAUUCGUGACACCUCCUAUCGUUUCUGUCUUAAGUAACCUACUGUCAUUAUCUGUGAUUGAAAUGCACUGUAUAAAACAUUGUGUACUGCACAGGGAAAAAAAUACUUUUUUUGUGUGCCUGUCACAAAUUUCCAAUAAGAAAUUAGUGUCUAGUUCACAAUAAUCUAUGAUACUGGGUUGGUUUCAUGAGCUGAAAUAAAAGAUCCCAGAAAUGUUACAUAUAUACAAAAAUCUUAUUUCACUCAAAUGUUUUGCACAAAAUUGUUUAAAUCAUAGCAUUUCUCCUUUGUCAAGAUAAUUCACCCACCUGACAGGUGUGGCUGAUUAAACAGCAUGAUCAUUACACAGGUGCACCUUGUGCGGGGGCCAUUCUAAAAUGUGCAGUUUUGUCACACAACACAAUGCCACAGAUGUCUCAAGUUUUGAGGGAGCGUGCAAUUGGCAUGCAGACUGAAGAAAUAUCCACCAGAGCUUUUGCCAGAGAAUUAAAUGUUAAUUUCUCUACCAUAAGCCGUCUCCAACGUUGUUUUAGAAAAUUUGGUAGUACACCCAACUGGCCUCACAACCGCAGACCACGUGUAACCACUCCAAACCAGGACCUCCACAUCCGGUUUAUUCACCUGCGGUAUCAUCUGAGACCAGCCACCCGGACAGCUGAUGAAACUAUGGGUUUGCAAAAACAGAAGAAGUUCUGCACAAACUAGGGAAGCUCAUCUGCGUGCUCGUCAUCCUCACCAGGGUCUUGACCAGACUGCAGUUUGGCAUUGUAACCCAUUACAGUGGGCAAAUGCUCACCUUUGAUGGUCACUGGCACACUGGAGAAGUGUGUUCUUUACGGAUUAAUCCCGGUUUCAACUGUACCCGGGCAGACGGCAGACAGAGUGUAUGGCGUUGUGUGGGCGAGCAGGUUGCUGAUGUCAACGUUGUGAACAGAGUGCCCCAUGGUGGUGGUGGGAAUAUGGAUGGCAAUUUCAAUGCACAGAGAUACUGUGAUGAGAUUCUGAGGCCCAUUGUCGUGCUAUUCAUCCACCGCCAUAACCUCCAUGUUUCAGCAUGAUAAUGCAUGGCCCCAUGUUGCAAGGAUCUGUACACAAUCUGCUCAAUCUGUGCAAUAUAAAUAUAAAUGUCCCAGUUCUUCCAUGGCCUGCAUACUCACCAGACAUGUCAUCAAUUGAGCAUGUUUGGUAUGCCCUGGAUCAAAGUGUACAACAGCGUUUUCCAGUUCACGGCGAUAUCCAGUAAC